AGAAAAAGGAAGCUGCAACAGAAGCUGCUGCUCCACCGGCCGCUGCUCAUGCUCGAAAGGAUGGAGGAUGGGAUGCGUGGAUGACUGUCGCGGGUUCAUGGUUCAUCUCAUCCAUAUGCUUUGGAUAUGUCAACGCUUUUGGGGUCUAUCAAACGUACUACGUCGAAACAUUGCUACCCUCAUAUUCGGCUUCUUCGAUUGCAUGGAUCGGUUCAUUACAAACAUACUUCCUAUUCGCCAUGGGAUUGGUUACUGGACCGCUUUUCGAUCAUGGGUAUUUCUGGCAUAUGAUGAUUGUGGGGAGUGUGCUGUAUGUCGGGACGCUUUUCGCGCAAGCACAAGUGCAGAAGGACUCGUAUUAUCAGGUCUUCCUCAGUCAGGCCGUAGGACAAGGGAUUGCCAUGGGAAUCAUCUUCCUUCCCUCAAUGGCGGUGAUUGGCCAUCAUUUCCAGAAGCGCCGUGCCUUGGCCAUGGGUUUGACCGUGACCGGUUCCUCAGUAGGAGGCAUAAUCUUCCCAAUUCUUGUCAACAAUGUUUUCAACGACCGCGGCUAUGUCUGGGGUGUCCGGGCAGUGGGAUUCUUUGUCCUCGGCGCAUGUGUGCUGGGUAACCUGCUGAUGCGGCCGCGCUAUCCCCCGCGUCACACCAAGCCGCCGACACCGAGUAUUUUCAAGCUGCUCCGUGAUCCUCCCUAUGUGGUCUCGAUUGGUGGUCUGUUCUUGACUGCGCUUGGACUGUUCUUUGUUAUCUUCUACAUCCAGUUAUAUACACUGACCCAGGGCAUCUCCGAAAACCUCUCUUUCUACACUCUCGCAAUCCUUAACGCAGCCUCGGUCGUUGGCCGAACCCUGCCAAAUAUUUUGGCAGACAGAUUCGGGAUCCUGCAAGUAAUGAUACCGACUGUUUUCCUAAGUGGUGCAAUCGUAUUUGCAAUGUUUGGGGUGAAGAGCGUUGGUGCGGUGGUUAUCUUCUGUAUAAUGUACGGUUUUUCCUCUGGAGCAGUCGUCAGCCUCCUCGCUCCCCUGAUGGCCGCCUUGUCAGAUCACUUCUGGGAGAUGGGAAUGCGCAUGGGCUUCGCAUUCUCGUUGAUCGGCAUUGCGGCUCUGAUCGGCACUCCGAUCGACGGUGCCCUCAUAGGCAACGGACCGGUGUUUGACUGGUGGAAGGCAGAAAUAUUCAGUGGGAUUGUCAUGCUCGCUGGGUGUGCCUUGCUUGUAGUUGCAGGAUACUUGCUGGCCAAGAAGAGAGGGCUGCACUUUCCUUGAAGGAAUCGUUGACCAUAGACAUGGUUAAAUGUCCACUGUGUAAACGGAUAGGGAUACUGUACGGCAUCGAAUAAUGCACUUGUUUC